UUCAUUUAAAUAUUAUAUUUAAUUACUUAUUUCGCUGUUAUUUAAUUUAAAUAAUUAUGGAUCCAAAAACUUAAUCAUCAAAUCUUAUGAUCAUCACAAUAAAAUAAUUCAAACUGGAUAAACUUCCAAAACAAAAAUAUCGUCAGUGGCGACGAUGGUUAAAUGUCGCCGUUGCGAAUCAUCGCAUUACAUCGGGAAGCGCCUUAAAACUUCACGUACAAAGUUAGCUGUGAUUUAUAAUAAACAAAAACAAAAGAGCAUCGGUUGGCAACCGGUGUAUCCAGGUUAAAUAAACCUCCAUUUUAUAUUCCGUUUUUGCAUCAAAGAGUAAAAUUUCCGCGGAAAUUUCUUUUAUGCUAAUUUUGAGGAAUAUUCGUGUGUUAUAAAGUGUUAUAAACAGUUUUUAGUUAUUAAUUUAUUUGAGUGUUAAUUAUCAAUUUAUUAUAGUUUUUAGGUUAGCAAUAAUAAUUAUUAGGCUUAUUAGAUCUGCAACAGUGAUAAACCAAGCAAGGAAGCAAACAUUUUGGACAAAUUUGAAUCAUUGAAUUCUAUUGUAUUAUUUGGUUUUUCAUAGUUCCAUUUUACAAAAUCAAAGGAUCUCAAGCAAUAAUUAUUGGACUCAUAUAUUGACAAAACAAGCAAGCAAGCAAGCAGUUUUUGGAAAAAUUUGACUCAUUGCACCAUAUAGUACAUAUUUGUCUUCCAUAGUUCUAUUUUACAAAAUCAAAGAUGCCAAAAAUGAGUAAAAAGUCUGCUAAGACAAAGAGCCUCCAGAAAAAAGAAAAAUAUUUAUCCAAGAAACUGGCAAAAGAAGAGAGUGGCACCAAUGACAAAAAUUUAGAAACCUUAGGUAAGGAAGUACAUUUGCAACAAAAGUUGCCCAAAGAUAAGAUUCCAGAGGAUAGUACAAUAAAGGUAAAUUUUAAUAAAACUGUAAUUGAGUCUAAUAAGCGAAAAUCAUUAACGGUUAUUGAUGACAAUGAUGCAUUGUCAUCAAAAACUGUAACUCUGAAAAAACAAAAAGUUAUUGAUUCUUUUAAAAAGCUAUCCCAUACAGAUGAAAUUGCGAAUAAUGAAAAGGAGGCGGAACAUACUAGAACCAAUUGCCCAACAAAGUUUGAACUAGCUUUAAGAGAAGGCCCCACCAUUGUAUGCAGUUGUUGUUUGCGAUUAUGGUUUCCCACUUCAUGUAAAAAAAUAGAUCUACAAGUGCUAAAAAACAAAUUUGGAAACCAAUUCACUACACAAAUUUGCAAUGAUGAUGGGGUUUUCUUCUGCAAGUCUUGCUCAUCAAAUAUUUAUAAAGGACAAUUGCCAAAGUUCUGGUCCGGCAAUCACAAUAUUGUUCACCCUAUACCAGUUGAGCUAAAAGAUCUGACUAUCCUUGAAGAAAGGAUGGUGUCGGCCAGGUUACCUUUCAUGCAAAUCCGGCAGGUAGGAUAUGCACGACAGUGUUACAUAACUGGCCAAAUAGUCAAUGUCCCUAUAAAUAUAGAUACUUCGACCAAAUUAUUGCCUAGAAAUGUAGAGGAGACACAAACUAUUCAGGUUAAGCUCAAGAGAAAAAUGAACUAUAAAAAUGAUUAUCUCCUGGAAACCAUACGGCCCGCAGUUGUUUUAAAAGCAGCAAGAUUUUUGUGUCAACAACCUCUUUACAUACAAGAAGGUAUAAAGCAAUCAGAUGAUUGGGAAAAAAAUAUUAAUGACUAUAUACGAUCUCAAGUAGAAUCCUAUACACAGAUCUUAAAUGAAGGCUCAAAAGUGGUGGACGUGAAUUCUAAAACAGUGUGUAGUGAAAACUUUGAAGAAUUGUUCGAUAAUGCGUUUUUCGAAACAAUGGAAGUGCCCCUAGAAUCUAAGAAUGACGAUAAAAAUAUUCAAGCAGAAUCUUCAAUUGAACAAAAUAACAUAUACAAUUUAGAUGAAUUCUUAGAUGAAGAAGAAGAGCCCUUAAAUCCUGGAGGCCAAGAAACUUUGCUUGACAAAUGUAACUUAGAAAAUAUCUGUUUUGCCCCAGGAGAAGGUAAAACGCCAAUACAUUUGAUGCUGGACCAGUUUAGCGAUGAACUCUCAUUUCCUACACUUUUCUGUGGACAUGCUAAGCAAUUUCUUACAAAAUUUUCCUAUUCUGACCAGACGAAAAUACUACUCCAGCACAAAGACAGGCGAUUUGCAAGGACAGACUAUCUGUUGUAUACCUUUAAAAAACGUCAACUAAUCCAAUUAUCCAGUGCAAUUGCAACAUGUCUCAGAAAAAAGAGGAAUGAGGAUGGAAAAUAUACAGCUGGACAAGUAAGGCAAGCAAAUUUUCUAGACCAGCUGAUUCGAAGUGACAUGGGAUUCCAUUUUCUUAGUAGAAUUGCAGGUUCACCUGCUUAUUGGAAACACGAAAAGACAAAAUUACUGUGCAUGAUUCGUCAAUUUGGAAUCCCUACACUGUUCUUUACAGUUUCAGCAGCCGAAACAGCAUGGCCCGAAUUAAUCAAGGUAUUAGCACAAGUUGUUGAUCAAAAAGAUGUUACUUUAGAGGAGGCCGCGAGUAUGCCCUACUUAGAAAAAACUCGCUUAAUUAGAACAGAUCCGAUAACUUGUGCCAGAUACUUUGAUUAUCGGUUCAAACUGCUGUUCAAGCAUAUGAAGAGUCAAAAUGGACCCUUUAAACAAAAUCCCAUAGAGCAUCAUUAUUACCGCAUAGAAUUUCAACAUCGUGGGUCUCCUCAUGUACAUGGGUUAUUGUGGUUAUCCAAUGCUCCAAAAUUCCAAGAAACACCAGAAAGUUUCAAAGAGUGUGCCGAAUUCGCGAACCGGUAUAUUACCUGUAAUAGUGAUUUAGAAAGUGUCCGUGAUAUAAUUCAGUUUAAUACGCAUCAUCAUUCUAAAUCGUGUCAAAAAGAAGUGCGGGGACACAAAGUUUGCAGGUAUGGUAUCCCAUUCCUGCCAAUGGAUAAAUCGGUAAUUCUAACGCCAAUAAAAAUUGACAAAACCAAGGAAGCGGAUUUACGUAAGGCCAUGUCUGAAAAGUUUUUGAUGAUAAUGCGUAGGCUUAAAGAUAAACCAGAUUUGUCAUUCGAAAACUUUUUGGCUGACCUUGAAAGGCAGCCAAAAGAUGGAUUCAUUAAUAAUUUCAAUGCUGAGAUGUUCUCCAUGAUGAAGAGUAAUAUGGACAUUCAAUUAGUUUUUGAGCCAUAUGGUUGUUGCACCUACAUAGUCAACUAUAUCAAUAAGUCUCAAAGAGCAGCUUUCUUAAAUGCGAGCGAAGUUAGUGCCCAAGAAGCCGCCUACAGCGUGUUACAACUACCGAUGCAUGACACCUGUACCUCCUAUGUAUACAUCCAUACAAAUCCAAUCAAGGAAAGGACAAAAAUGUUGAAACCAUUAGCACAACUUAAAGAAAUGGACAAUGACGAUCCCAAUAUUUAUUGUGAUGGUCUUAUAGAACAUUAUGAACAGCGGCCUGAUGAAAUGGAAAACAUAUGUUUAGCAGAGUUUGCGGCCUAUUAUGAUUUCUUUAAGAAACAGGCAGAAACAAAGGCUAAUGGUUUACCCUUAAAAGAUGGAAGUGGCGUUUUAGUUAAAAGGGGUCAUGCUAAAAUUUUAGCCUAUCGUAGUUAUGGACUUCAGCAAGACCCUCUUAACUAUUAUAGGGAACAAAUAAUGUUAUACAUCCCAUGGAGAAAUGAAGUGGAUGAAGUUGAAAAUGAUAACAUUGAUCAACAGACCAUAUACAAAGAUCGAUACCAAGAAAUUGUUACAAAUCGACAAAAGUUCAAUGUCUUAGAUGAACAGGUAAUCGACGAAGCACUGAAACUUGCCGAAGACCGAUCAAAUCAAUUAGACGAUGGUGGAUUUGGUGGAGAAAUCGAUGAUGAGUUUAUGCCUUAUGGACUAGACAACCCCAUUUAUGAUCCAUUCAAUCACAUCAUCGAUAAGAAAGACGACGAAGCGCCAGUAAAACAUAUCGCUUUCCCAACGCCUCAUCAGAUAAGCGAUUCAGAGUAUGAAGCUCUCAUAAGCAAACUGAAUCACAAGCAGUAUCAGUUCCUUAAUGUCGUGCAAGACAGUCUAAUUGAAGGGGAAGCUUUCUACUGCACACUUAGUGGUCCAGCAGGUACAGGCAAAAGUCACCUGAUUACAGCAAUAACUCAGUCGUUAUUACGCCAUUUUAAUUCAAUACCAGGUAAUAAUCCCAAAAGUUUAAAAGUGUUACUUUGUGCGCCUACAGGUAAAGCGGCAUUUAAUAUCGGAGGUAUAACCUUACAUGCGGCAUUAUCGUUACCCGUCAGUCAGUAUGGUGAAGAACUAAUUCCGUUACACCAUGACACCGUUAAUACUAUUUAUUGUAAUUUGUAUGACUUAAAAUUAAUUAUCAUAGAUGAAUAUUCCAUGGUUGGCGCCAGAUUGUUUGACCAUAUUAACAGUAGAUUGCAGCAAAUCUUUAAGUCUGACGCCAUCUUUGGAAAUAUUUCAAUAAUUUUAUGCGGCGAUAAUCGUCAAUUGCCCCCAGUAAGGGAUAUGUAUAUUUUUUGCCCAGUAAAAACAAAUCCGUAUAAAGAAUUAUGCGGAACGUAUCUGUGGGAUCAUUUUAAAUAUUUUGAACUUUCAGAAAUAAUGAGACAGAGUGAAGAUAAGUCUUUUGCAGUUGCCCUAAACAAUAUGGCGUUUGGUAAAAUGACCGACGAAGAUGUGCAAUUGAUCAAGUCCAGGGAAGUCGACAGUAUUGACCAAAUUCCCGAAGACACCAUGCAUUUAUUUGCCACGAAUAGAGAAGUAGAUGCAUUCAAUGAAAUGAAACUUUCUACAUUUCAGACCGAGCGAGCAAUAAGUCAAGCCAGAGACGUAGACGCUAAAUACAUGAUUUCAAUGAAUAUAGAUACCAGUGAUGGGAUAGUAAAUGGUGCAACAGGUAUCCUACGGCAAAUAGACUAUGACCAAAAUAAAGUUCCAUACAGAGUGUGGAUGGAGUUCUUUGAUUCCAAGUCAGGCAAGGAAUGCCGAAAGAGAAACGAGUCCCUUAGGAAGUCUAUGUAUUUAUCACCCACUUGGACACCCAUAGAAAGAGCUGCCAGAGCUGUUAAAGUUCAAAAAGGCAGCAAUGUUCACGUUGAGCGUCUUCAGUUUCCUCUUUUAAUCAGUGAAGGAAUUACAAUCCACAAAAGUCAAGGUGCCACCUAUGAACAAGUAGCUGUUCACAUUGGUAAGGGAAUGACGAGAACCAGUACCUAUGUUGCUUGUAGUCGGGCCACAAAGCUUAGUGGCCUCUAUAUCAUUGAUGAUCAAAUAUUCCGAGUAAAAAGUGUUGUUAGGCAUCAUGGAAACACCAUUGGAUCUGGUCAUUAUACAUCUAUAGUUAAUUAUAACGAUCAGUGGUGGAAGUGUGAUGAUAAUCGCAUAAGUAGAAUAUCUAGUUUUGAUAACAGUUUAGAAGAUGUAUAUUUAAUACUAUUAGAAAAAUGUUAA